AUGGAAGACACCUUUAAGCUCCAUCGUCAAACCCUAGCCAAACCUCAAUCCCUCACCACUAACGACCGCCGACGCCCUCAUGACAACGGAGACCUUAGUAUAGAGGAAGGCAACUCCGAGAUGUGGAACAACUUCUCCAACAGAUUCCGGCAGGUGCAAUCGGUGUUGGAUCGGAACAGAUCGCUGAUACAGCAAGUCAACGAAAACCAUCAGUCCAGAACCAACGACAAUAUGGUGCAGAACGUGAACCUCAUUCAGGAGCUUAAUGGCAACAUUUCUAAAGUUGUUUCUCUCUAUUCUGAUAUUUCCACCAAUUUUUCAACCAUGUUUGGUCAAGAAAACGACGCCAUUAGAGACGAAACCAAAAGCCGGAGACACCACUGAUGCUUCUCUUAAUUUUAUUUUAUCUUCUCCGAUCUACGUACCAUUAAUAGUUUUUAACAGUUGAUGUUGCUCAUACUCUUAUCGAAAUGAAAGUAUAGUCGAAUUUAUGCGUGUGUAUUUCAUAAGCAUGUUUGUA